GCCUUUCCUUCCGCUCAAACCUGCAGAUGAAAUUGCGCAGCGCUCUGGCAACACUGUCGGUAAUCCGUUUAUUCCUGUACAAAUUGAGAUAAAUCCAUCUAAACAACUACCAAAAAAAUGCUCGCCACAGUCCGCAAACAGCUGAGAAGCCACCCAGCCCUGAUCCCACUCUUCUUCUUCAUCGGUGGAGGAGCAGCCAUGUCCAUGAUGUACCUGGCACGUCUGGGCCUGAGAAACCCUGAUGUCUGCUGGGAUCGCAAGAACAACCCAGAGCCCUGGAACAAGAUGGCCCCCACUGAUCAGUACAAGUUUUACGCUGUUAACAUGGACUACAGCAAGCUGAAGAAGCAGGGCCCAGAUUUCUAAACAUCACGUCUGCUGGACCAAAAGUACAAAGACGAGCUGAUCCGCACAGCGCUACGUUGAACUAUCUCCUGGAGCCUGAGGGAUGCAGAGGCUUCACCCGCACAACGAUUCAUAUUUAAGUUUCCCCAUUGCAUCUCAUUGGUUCUUUUGAAACCGUGUCUAUUGAUUUUGAUUGUCAGUGGUUGUCAAUAAAUUGAAGGAGUCUUUUCUCCUCCAUACAGAGAAAAUAA